GCGUUGGGCUAGAGCUCAGUUGACUCAUGCAAUAUUGUUGCGUAGUUUAUGUUUUAAGGCAAAGGCCGCGUUAUUUCGGAUGUCCAUAUUAUGCCUACCCAUGUGGUUUUACAUAUCUCAAUCUCGAUAUAUAUAUUUUUUUUCCAAACAUUGCAGUAAUACCGAAUGCAUUGGUUAACAUUGUAGUCAGUUGAUUCAUACGAAACACUACGAGAACAAAUCCUUUUGCUCGUCACUCUGCGUAAACUAAGCUACAAUAAACGGACGUUUUGGUGCGCAAUGGCGACUGUAACCUCAACCAGACCUUAUCAUAUUAUAAUAUUCGGAGCCUCCGGUUUUACCGGGCAGUUUGUGGUGGAAGAGGUCGCCCGGAGCGCCUUCGAAGGACCCAGCGGGUCUCUGAAAUGGGCCUUGGCCGGGCGUAGCAGACAGCGGCUGGAGGGAGUUCUGAACCAAGCCGCCGAGACCCUCCGUAAGCCGGAGUUAAGGACUGAAGUUGAAAUCAUUGUGGCUGAUGUUUCCCAAGCAGAUUCAUUGGCCAUCAUGUGCCAACAAGGACUGGUUGUUCUCAACUGUGUGGGGCCAUACAGGUUCUAUGGUGAGCCAGUGGUUAAGGCCUGCAUAGAGAAUGGAGCCCACUGCGUAGACAUCUGUGGAGAACCUCAGUUCCUCGAGAGAAUGCAACUGGAGUACCACAGCAGAGCGAUGGACAGUGGAGUAUAUGUGAUUGGCAGCUGUGGCUUUGACUCCAUACCAGCUGACAUGGGCAUCCUGUACACAAAGAACCAGUUUAAAGGAACACUGACAGCUGUGGAGAGCUUCCUGACUAUACACACUGGUCCUGAGGGAGGCUGUGCCCACGACGGCACAUGGCAGUCCGUCAUCUACGGCUUUGCAGACAGCGGCUCCCUGAGGAAGCUGAGGAAGAAAUUUGGCCACCAUCCUCUCCCAGUUGUAGGAGCCACGGUCAAGAAGAGGGGUAGCCUCUUCUUCAGUAAGGAGAUUGACCAGUAUGCCAUACCCUUCAUGGGCUCAGACCCAUCAGUAGUCAGGAGAUCCCAGCGCUUCCUGUAUGAGGGCCAUCAGGAGUUACCAGUCCAGUACUCUGCGUAUGUAGGGGUCGGUGGCGUCUGGUCGUUGAUAAAGAUGUUCUGUGGUGGCCUGCUCUUCUGGUUCCUAGGGAAGUUUGGCCUGGGAAGGAAGCUCCUCAUUACGUUUCCAGAGUUCUUCUCCUUUGGCGUGUUCACCAAGGCUGGACCCAGCAGGAAGCAGAUGGAGGGAACAUCUUUCAGUCUGACGUUUUUCGGGGAGGGCUAUGCUGAGGGGCUGGACCCGUCUCAGGGAAGACCCAACGCUAGGAUCUGUACCCAGAUACACGGAGCAGAGCCUGGCUAUGUCGCCACACCUGUUGCUAUGGUACAGGCAGCUAUCACUGUGCUGAAUGAACCACAAUUCCUUCCUAUAAAGGGAGGAGUGUACAGUCCAGGAGCUGCAUUUGCCAGGACAACUCUCAUUGACCGCCUCAACAGACAUGGCCUGGUGUUCUCAGUGAAGAGAUUCUGACGAGAGGGUCUGAGAAAAAGGACUUCUGUCUGUGCCCAAUCCCAAAUCCAACCCCUAGGACAUGUUUGGCUGCUAAAUUCUGGUGCAUUUCGUGCAUCUGGGUGGCGGUGGCAUUUCUAUUAUAUCUGAGAGGUUUGGAUUUGAACAGUUUUUUGUUAGCAAUAUAGAAAUUGGUAAUAUCUUCACUUUGCCCUCUGGUGGGCUUGGUAGUAUAUUCACCAUAUUGCUUAUACCCAUCCAAUCCUUUCAGAUCUACAUGAAGUGCCAUGGUGUACAGGCGAAUAGGGUGUUGAGCAAUACUCGAACCCCCUAUCACCCCCUAGCCCUAGUCCCACCAGCUCUGCGUAUCUAUUGCUUAACGCGAUGACUGCUGUGGUCAAAUGUUAGAGGAAAUACUGGAUGUCAAUAUUAGGCCAAAUGGACAAACCUCAUCCCCUUACAGCUGUAUCUGUCUCCCCUUAGAGCUGUACACGAUCAGCCUUUCUAUCAGGCUGAGGACACAGGCAUUCAGACAGCCGGCCACAUUGUUACCAUUCUCGUCUGUGUGUCUCUCAUGGCCCGUUUCAACUGUCGUUUUAAUGGCUUCAGAAUUUUGGUCAUGCAGAGGUGUCACUCAAUCUCUCGGUGGGUUUCAAAUCAAUUGUCCGUAAACCAAGUGACUUAUUCGUGUUGUUAAUGUGUAAGUGAGUGUCCUUGACCCAGAUUACAGCUCUCCACAGUAGGAUGUAGUGGAGGACUCGUCUAAGGGCUGUUGUGUAGUCUUGUAGCCAAGAAAGGACUGUGGCCUCUCGGUCUUUAUUCUGUGUUUUAAUUCACAUUUUAACACACAUAUUUUGCCACAGUGUGCGUGCGUAUGCUCAUCACAUGGCAUUCAUUCAGACUAGUCCAAGGGCAUUAUAAGAAAGACUUUGGGUGUUUCAGAUACUUCCGAAUAAUACCAGUGUUUUAUACACGUGGUGCUAUUCUGUUUUUGUGUUAUAUAAAAAUAACAAGCAAGCAAUACAUACUGCUCUGUACAAGUAUAAACACAGACAUAUGGUAACCUGAAAAUGUAACAACAAAUAUCGCCUCAGACUUUGCGACCUAAAUAAUGUUUAUAAGCUAACAAAAAUGGUUUCAAAUGAGGUCUACCAAUGCCCAUCAGCACAUUCAGGACCCAACCUCCCCACUAGGUGGUGGUGUUUCUCUAAUUACACAUUCCCUUCCCACUUCCCAAAUAUUUACACGCCACUAACUAGAUGAGCUGUCAGUUAAGGUAAUUUGCCUGUGAGAGGAGACAUGGGAUGGUACAAUAUUUAACCUCAAAUAAAAGUCCAUGUAUACACAUUUAGCCAGAAUGGAUGGGGGAGGCGGGGUUUAUCAUGGGUAACAGAUGUGGUUACGUGAAUGAGGAGGGUCAAGGUUGGAAGGACCUGGGAGGCAUUGUCUCUAGACUGUGACUCAACCUCCUUUCUCUUACCUCCUUAGCCUCCCUUCCCUCUUCAGCUCUGUCUCUCCCCUUCCACCACCACUAUCGCAACAACUCUGUUAGCAGAGCAUUACAGAGAGAGAGAAAGGGAGAGCGAGACAGAGAGAGCAGUGUCCUCGUUCUACUGUAGUGAUACAGAGGGAAAUAGACAGGUUUGUUCAAUCAUAAAACUGUGGGAGAGUAAUUGUUAAGUAGCAUGGUUAAGUACAGGGUGUUAGCUAUACGUGUUGCUGAGGAAACGAACAGGGAAAGGGAGAAAGAGAGCAAGACAGGAGGAUGCAGUGGUUUGUUUCCCUAUGCACAUAGGCUACAGGAGCCCCAUCCCUCUUCCCUGCCCUCCUCUCCCUCCCCCACAUCCCGCCAUCGUGGGUGUGAUGAUAUUCAUGCCAUCUCCCUCACCAUGGCCAGCUCAUCCCCUUUUCUAUCUCCCUCUCCUUUCCCCUCAUCUCUUCAUCUCCUCUUCUGUCUCCCUCUCCUUUCCCCUCAUCUCUUCAUCCCCUCUUCUAUCUCCCUCUCCUUUCCCCUCAUCUCUUCAUCUCCUCUUCUAUCUCCCUCUCCUUUCCCCUCAUCUCUUCAUCCCCUCUUCAAUCACCUUUCUACUCCUCAAUCCUCUCCUGCUGUCUUGUCUCCUCUUCACUUCUCCUUUGCUCUCUCCCACUCUCCAUCUCCUCUCUUAUCCUCCCCUCUUCUGACUGAUCCCUUCCUCAGUCCAGCAAACAGCCUCCACCCUACCAGUUAGGCAUGAUGUUUAGAGUGGGCUGCUGAGCAAAACAUCUAUCGGGCGCUCCCAGCCUCGAAUUCACUCUCUAUUUAACUAUCUCUCUCUUCCUUUCUCUCUUGUCUUUUCUGUUCUUCCUUUCUUUCUCCUCUGAUUUUCUGUUUACCUUAUCUCUCUUCCCCGCCAUCUCUUUCUAUUUCUUUCUUUCAUCCUCUUGCUGUCUCUCUCUGUCCUCUCUCUCAGUGGUGACCCAUCAUUCAGGGCAGGUGGGGCCUGUUUUGCAUGUUAUUUUGGCAUUAAUACAUGUCACAAAUCAGUUAGAAAACAAUGUAAAAAAUAAGUUAUUGAGUUAAUAAAGACGCAUAAAAACA